AAGUGCUCGGAAGUGUUCUGGUUUUUGUCACUCAACUUCUACAAGUCAGUGAGAUACUUGACUAACAUAAUUUUCACUUCCUUUAUUCUGCAGUAAAAGCCACAAAGCCAUCAGUCUCCAGACUACAUAUAAGAUCUCGAGUAGUCACCGGGCUCUGCAACCAAACCUGCUAUCACUUCAGCAUCACUUGCAUCCAUUCUUUGACCAUUUGGACCUUUUCAAGUUCCUCGUCAUGUCUUCAACAUCAUCUUCAUCGAGCCACACCUUCUUCCACACACGCCAAUACAGCAAAUCUGGCAUCGGCGGCAUUGGAAACUUCCACAACACAUCUAGCAUUCUCUCCUCGCCAUCAACCCCAUACAUUUCCCCACGAACAAGCGGCACAUUCUCAACCAGCAUCGGCGGAGCAGGCAACGUUCGAAACCUAUCAGAACGACCUACCGUUUCUUUAUCUACAAAACUCGAAAGGGAAGAAGCUCAACGAAGAGCUGCGGCGAAGUAUUGGCAUCACGGUAUUGGAGGAGCAGGAAAUAAGACCGGCGCCGACAAUGAGAGAUCUCCUGCUGCGAGUCUUGGUUCGGCUGUUGAAAAUAAUGCGGACAGGAUGAGGAAUGGAUUUGUGGGUAUUUUUGGGAAGAGAAAGAGGAACAUGUUCCUUUUGCCGGAUUCUUCUAUUGAGUCGUUGUGUUUGAAGGAUUAGGAUAGCCAUUAUUAUACUCAGGAGAUUGAGAGAGGAGUUGGAGUUAGAAUUUGGCUUGAUACUAUUAGAUGAGCAGAAGAUAGACACAUAGUCACCUAGUUGUGGUUAAUUCUGAUCUCAAACUUAC